AUGAAUCUGCGCCGUCAACCAAGUAUUAUCUCCGCAGUUGGUGAUACCCACUUUUCUUCAUUUAUUUAUCGUGACCUUUAUUUGCAAUGUCAUAGACCUUUAGGAUUGCUGUCAUCAUAUACAUUUCUUCCUUUGAAGGAAAUAAUCUUGGCUGGCAAUUGCGACAAACCACUCUUGCACGUGAUUUUAAGAGAUAUAUAG